GGAUGGCUGCACCGACCAAGUUCAGUUUUUCCGUAAGGAGCAUCCUGGAUUUGCCUGAGCAGGAUGCGGAUGCAGCAAAGCGGUCUUCCCCGAUUUACUCCUCUUGCUCUUCCAGCUCACCCUACAGCUCAUGGAUCGACUGCGAGCGGAGCCUUUGCAUGUCUUCUGACGAUUGCAAUUUCGAGGCCUCUCCUGACUCAACUAAGCCCGAUGACCCGUCCCUCGAUUCAGAGCCUGAGCAGAGCAAGAAGAGCAAGAAACGCCGCGUUUUGUUCUCCAAGGCCCAGACCCUUGAGCUGGAAAGGCGCUUCCGCCAGCAGCGCUACCUGUCGGGUCCGGAGAGAGAACAGCUGGCACGGCUGCUGAGCCUGACUCCAACCCAGGUGAAGAUCUGGUUUCAGAACCACCGCUACAAGAUGAAGCGAGGUCGAGCAGAAGGAGCACUGCAGGACGUAGAAAUCCCGCAGCCGCCGGUUUUGCGCAGAGUCGUUGUUCCGAUCCUGGUCCGAGACGGGAAACCCUUUCACACAUGCUUACUUGACUCUGAGAAAUUUGGGUGUUUACCUCCGUCAUCUCAGCCGGUGCCCUUCCCUUUAGCUUACACAUCUCUUCAGCAUCCAUCCCCCGUUGCUCUUCCUCCAAGGUACCACCAACACUUUCCGGCAGUGGCGGCGGCCUCCAGCUUCGCCUGGAGAGACUUUUGGAGUGAUUCGGUUCAUCUUAAUUCUUUUAAGUAAAGGUCUCGUUUAACUCAUUUAGAACGGCAUCAAAUGUUUUCUGAAUGUUUUGUAAAUGUUCGAGCAACUUAAACGUUUAGAUUUUUUUCUAUAGAAUGAAUUAUAUUUUGCACAUUAUUUACGCACGUAUGCGGAAAUUUUAAAUGUUGUUUUCUCUUACAUGGCUCAUUGCUGUAGCCUUUAGAUUUUUAAUUACCGAGGUGUAUUCGUGUGAUUUUUAAGCCUUUUUAAAUGUAAUAUUUACAUAAAUGACUUGAUAAUUGAGUUCCAGUAGCUGCAUUAGGCGGUAGAAGAGGAUAGGAGAAUAGGGGCAAAGCCGCUAUAUAAGUAUGAAGGGAGAAUAUGCCAUUUGUUGGUUUUAAGGAUACUUUUUUAAAGAUUUAACUGUCUUUCUGUGAACAAAAUUAUUAAUAAAAUUCUUCAUAUUUUGUAUAUUUUGACAAUGUAAUGUGCUUUCUUUCUUUCUUUCUUUUUUUAUGUGUUGGCCCCAAAAGCGUGUACCCUGUGCAUGCAUUUCUAAAGACUAAGCUAAAGAUAAAAGGUU